GGAUGCUUACUGCGAUAGCAGCAGUUUUGGUGGUAGCUCUCUUUGGAUGGAUUUACCAGGCCAUCCAACCUCCCCGUCCAAGAAUCUGCGGCACUCCAAACGGUCCUCCUGUCACCUCUCCAAGAAUUAGGCUCAGAGAUGGAAGGUACCUGGCCUACAAAGAAUCUGGAACCCCCAAAGACGAGGCGAAGUAUAAAGUCAUCAUCAUCCAUGGCUUUGGCAGCUCCAAAGAAUAUGAAUACCCUUUCAGUCAAGAUCUUGUGAAUGAACUGGGGAUCUACUUCCUACAGUUUGACAGAGCGGGCUAUGGGGAAAGUGAUCCAAACCCCAAACGCAUGGUAAAGAGUGAAGCUAUGGACAUUGAAGAACUCGCUGAUCAGUUAGAACUUGGAUCGAGGUUCUAUGUGCUUGGAGGUUCCAUGGGUGGUUACCCUGUCUGGAGUUGCCUCAACUACAUACCACACAGAUUAGCAGGAGCAGGACUUGUUGCACCGCCUGUCAACUACUGGUGGCCUUCUUUUCCUGCCGACCUGGUAAAAAAGGCCUAUAAAAGGUUGUUGGUGCAGGACCAAAGGACUAUCUGGAUUGCACACUAUGUUCCUUCCCUGAUGUAUGCCUGGAUGUCCCAGAAAUGGUUCCCUACUGCGGCUGCUGUUGAGAGGCAUCCUGAUCUGUUGUCCCCUCAGGACAAGGAGAACAUGCACAAGAGGCCCAAAAAAGUUAGGUCACCUCGGAACAAGGCGCAGCAACAAAGCAUCUUUGAGUCUCUCCAUCGGGACAUCAUGGUUCUAUUCAGCAAUUGGGAGUUUGACCCCAUGAAAAUGAGAAAUCCUUUUCCAAACAACGAGGGCACUGUCUACCUUUGGCAAGGGUAUGAAGAUAGGCAAGUCCAGGUGGAGUUACAACGUUAUGUUGCACAGAAGCUUCCUUGGAUACGAUAUCAUGAGCAUCCAAAAUGUGGGCACACGUUAUUGUAUAUGGAUGGUUGGGGUGAUGCAAUGCUCAAGGCACUUGUACUUGGAGAAGAGUUCACUGUGGAAUUUGAUCAUUUCGAUCUUGACAGCCCAUACACAGAUAAGGAUUCAGGGAUGCUUACUGCAGCAGCAGCAGUCUUGCUAGUAGUUCUGCUUGGAUGGGCUUACCAGGCAAUCCAACCACCCCCUCCAAGAAUUUGUGGCGCUCCAAAUGGUCCUCCUGUCACCUCCCCAAGGAUUAAGCUCAGAGAUGGAAGGUACCUGGCCUACAAAGAAGCAGGAAUCACCAAGGAAAAGGCCAAGUACAAAGUCAUACUUGUCCAUGGCUUUGGCUCAUCCAAAGACCCUGAGUUUCCAGCAUCUCAAGAGCUUGUAGAUGAAUUAGGAGUCUACUUCUUAUCAUUUGACCGAGCAGGGUAUGGCGAGAGUGAUCCAAACCCAAAGCGCACAGUAAAAAGUGAAGCUAUGGACAUUCAAGAGCUUGCUGAUCAGUUAGAGCUUGGAUCAAAAUUCUACGUGAUAGGAGCCUCCAUGGGUGGUUAUCCUGCCUGGAGUUGCCUCAACUACAUACCGCACAGGUUGGCAGGAGUAGCACUAGUUGCACCGGCCGUCAACUACUGGUGGCCUUCUUUUCCUGCCAAUCUAUCAAGAAUGGCCUACAAGAAGUUGUUCGUGCAGGAUCAGAGAACAUUCUGGAUCGCACACCAUUUUCCUUCCCUUCUAUAUGGGUGGAUGUCCCAGAAGUGGCUCCCCACUUCAGCAGUUAUUCAAGGACAUCCUGAAUUAUUUACCCCACAGGAUAUGGAAAUCAUGCAGAAGAUGAAAGCACAUGCUGAGAUACUCGGGUUACAGAACAAAGCAGCACAGCAGAGUGUCUUUGAGUCUCUCCAUAGGGACAUCAUGGUUUUUAUUCUGCAACUGGGAGUUUGAUCCAAUGAAAAUAAGCAAUCCCUUUCACAAAAUGAAGGCAAUGUCGACAUCUGGCAAGGCUUAUGAAGAUAGGAUCGUCCCAGUGGAGUUACAGCGCUAUAUUGCACAAAGGCUGUCCAUGGAUACGAUAUCACGAGAACCAAAAGGUGGGCAUCUAUUUGCAUCAAUCGACGGUUGGGGUGACAAAAUACUUAAAGCACUUCUUCUUGGGGAGGAACCCCCCUUUUACUAAGAACUUCUUCAACUGUAAUGCCAUUAUAAUAUUCAAAAUCAUCUACUAUUACUGCAACCAGGAAAUACAUGGAGAAUCCCACUGUUACUUAGAAUUACUUCAACUGUGUUGCCAUUUUGAUGAUUAACAUUAUCUAUUAUUGCAAUGCCAAUUUAAUAUUCAAAAUCA